CCGCGCCGCCGUGUGGGCGGUGCGCGCCGCCGAUCGCCUCCGUCGAGGCGGGGGCGGUGCCGCGGGAGCAGCAGCCUCCUCUCGGCCCGCAACGGCCCCGGUCGGUGCGUGGGUCCUGCUGUUGCUCCCGCUCCGCUUAUCCCGGGGCGGGUUUCAGGCUAAGCCUCCCGCUCCCCUGCGCUCGCUUGUGAGUGAGGUAAACUCGGUGUUUGGUGUCUCCGCCGCCGUUGCGUCUCAGUAAAACCAGCCCUCUCGCCAACAUGGGCUGCACGUUGAGCGCCGAGGACAAGGCGGCGGUGGAGAGGAGCAAGAUGAUCGACAGGAACCUGCGAGAGGAUGGCGAGAAGGCGGCCAGGGAGGUGAAGCUGCUCCUCUUAGGAGCUGGUGAAUCAGGAAAAAGCACAAUUGUCAAACAAAUGAAGAUCAUCCAUGAAGCUGGUUAUUCAGAAGAAGAAUGUAAACAGUACAAAGCUGUUGUCUACAGUAACACCAUUCAGUCCAUUAUUGCUAUCAUUAGAGCAAUGGGGAGGUUGAAGAUAGACUUUGGUGAUCCAGGCAGGGCUGAUGAUGCUCGUCAACUCUUUGUGUUAGCUGGAGCAGCAGAAGAAGGAUUUAUGACUUCAGAGCUUGCUGGAGUCAUCAAGAGACUGUGGAAAGAUAGUGGAGUUCAAGCUUGCUUCAACAGAUCUAGAGAAUACCAGCUUAACGACUCUGCUGCUUAUUACUUGAAUGACUUGGACAGGAUAGCACAAACCAGCUACAUUCCAACCCAACAGGAUGUUCUCAGGACUAGAGUGAAAACUACAGGAAUAGUGGAAACUCACUUUACAUUCAAAGAUCUUCAUUUUAAAAUGUUUGAUGUUGGAGGCCAGAGAUCAGAGCGGAAGAAGUGGAUUCAUUGUUUUGAGGGUGUUACAGCAAUUAUUUUUUGUGUGGCAUUAAGUGAUUAUGACUUGGUCUUGGCUGAAGACGAGGAAAUGAAUCGGAUGCAUGAAAGCAUGAAAUUGUUUGACAGUAUCUGCAACAAUAAGUGGUUCACAGACACUUCUAUUAUUCUCUUCCUGAACAAGAAAGAUCUUUUUGAAGAAAAAAUCAAAAGGAGUCCUCUCACUAUUUGCUACCCUGAAUAUGCAGGGUCAAACACUUAUGAAGAAGCAGCUGCUUACAUUCAGUGUCAGUUUGAAGAUCUUAACAAGAGAAAAGACACGAAGGAAAUCUACACUCACUUCACAUGUGCCACAGACACAAAAAAUGUGCAGUUUGUUUUCGAUGCUGUAACCGAUGUCAUUAUUAAAAAUAACCUUAAAGACUGUGGCCUCUUCUGAGAGCAGACAGAAGGUUGCUAAAUGGUUUGGAGAACGACUUCGCACAAUUCUAAUCUGAUUCUUUUCAAGGUGAAAGAAAUGAAAAACACAUUGUGCUGAAUGAUAGAUGAGUACUGUACUUGCCUGUUUUAACAGCUUUAUUUAUGUUUGUCUUGUAAAUUUAAGUAAUUAGUUAACACUGAGAUGUCAGUUGAUUGUAUGUAUACUUAUAAUUGUAGUAAUGUAUUUGUAUAAACAUUGAAUGGAAUAUUUUAGUAACUUGAUGUCCUCUAAACUUUCCAUGUUUUAUGAAGAUACUCUUAGGGGAGACAGACCUUUUUGCCUUUGGAUUAUUUAAACAUCUUGUAAAGUUAAAUUUUCUUUUCAUCUUAAGGGCGCAUGCUGCCUUAUUCUUCACUUUUGUUGGUAAUACUGUAUAUGGCGUUAGCUUUUUUGAUAUUUAAACAGCCUCAUACACCUGCUCAGACUUAAAGAAACAUAACCAAUAAAACUUACGUUUGCCUUAAGUUUCGGGGGGGAGGGGAUCUUUUUAUAAAUUUAAGAUAAAUGCAAGGAUUAUUUUUUAAAUUUAAAUGAAAUCCAUAGUUUAUGAAAUCUGGACAUUUUCAGUCUUUGCAGUACAAAUGUGGCAACAGUGAAAUUGAAUUUUAAGGUUCCACUCUCAUUGAAGCUGUUGGAAAUGCAAAAAAAAAGUUGUUAAAAUCAUUCAUAUCAAUAAAGUUUGAAACUGUGGUCUUUA